UAGUUCUGAAUGAGCUUCAGUGUUUGUUUCAGCUUGACAAUUGUGCACGAUCAUGGACACAGAGCGAGCAGUACAUCAAAUACAAAGUUAGAGAGUACUUUGUGUUUGAGGAGGACGUCAGGAUUUUUGGCAAAUGUAGUACUUUUGAUUUUCGCCUCAGAGACAUUUCUGUUUUGAAUAGUGCAAGGCAGGCAGAAGAGUGAAAAUGAACAGCCUGUCUUUCGAUGAUCCCUUACUGGAAAGUCUGGAUUCGACUCUGUCGCUUAAUGACCCCAGCGACAUCGACACAGCCCUCCUAAACGACAUUGAUGACAUGCUACAGCUCAUCAACAACCAGGAGAUAGAGUUUGGAGGUUUUUUUGACCCUCCUGCAUUCACAACACCUCCAUCCACCCAAGAGCUUCCUGGUUUGACUCGACCCAUCUCUUCAGCUACUCCUCUCUCCACCACAACCACACCUCCAUCUUCCUCUACUUCCUCCAUCCUAAGCAGUAGUCCUCACCUGGAUGCACUCCUGGGCCCUCCCAUUACUCGUAGCUCCUCUACCCCCGACAAGACCUUCCAGCCUCCUACGUUCCAGCAGUCCCCUUUGGCCCAGGUCUCAAACUCUAGCUUGAGGCAUCAGCCAGCCUCUCCUCAGCAAGCGCAGAGCGUCAGACAGCCACAAGUAGAACAGCCACAAACAGUCCUCAGCCCAUCUGCCCCUCAAGCAGCUUCACCCCAUGGCUCGCCAGGACCCAGCCCAGGAUUCAGCUCCACUCCCCAGGCCCUGUUUACCUCUUCUUCACCCCAGGUUCAGGCUCCAGCCCAGUGCCAGCAGCCCCGAACCAGCUUCAGCAACCAGAAAAGCUACACAGCUGGCAGUCCAGGCAGUGUCACCCAACCAGCAACGAGCUUGUCAUCCUCGCCACCAAGUGUUCAACCAGUAGCCAUUCAGGGGCUGACCACUACCUCUCCUGUCCUGACAACCUCAGGAAGCCCACCAGCUCAAACAAUCACAUCUCAUGUUCAGCAAGUACCUGUGCUGCUGCAACCUCAGUUUAUCAAGGCUGACUCUUUGCUACUGACUACUCUGAAGCAUGACUCCUGCAUGGUCACUACCGUGGCCUCGCCCACAUCUCUGGCCACCACCACAGUGCAGAGCACCUCACUACAGCCUCUUCAGGCCUUUGUGGGCAGUGGGACCAUUCUAACCACAGUGCCGGUCAUGGUGGACACUGACAAACUGCCAAUUAAUCGCAUCGCCAUCAGCAGUAAGCCAGUCGGCCAGACUCACAAGGGAGAGAAACGCACUGCACAUAAUGCCAUUGAGAAGCGCUACCGCUCAUCCAUCAAUGACAAAAUCAUUGAACUCAAAGACUUGGUAGCUGGUACUGAGGCCAAGCUCAACAAGUCUGCAGUACUGAGGAAAGCAAUCGACUACAUCCGUUACUUGCAGCAGACCAACCAGAAAUUGAAACAAGAGAACCUGGCUCUAAAAAUGGCAGCUCAGAAAGGGUCUUUCAAAGACCUGGUUAAAAUGGAGGUGGAUGGACAGGUCGAUGUGAAGAGCGAGUUGCCCACCCCCCCAGCUUCGGAUGUGGGCUCCCCUACCUUGUUCUCACACUGUGGCAGCGACUCUGAACCUGACAGCCCCAUGGAGGAAGUCAAACAAAAUUCGAGCAUGCUGGACAGACGUGGAGCAGAUGGCAGCGCUGGUGGGAUGUUGGACCGUUCCCGGAUGGCGCUGUGCGCCUUCACUUUACUCUUCCUCUCCCUUAACCCUCUGGCUGCACUGUUCUGCUCAUCUGGCAGCAGUUCAGCUGGACAAACUGCUGCGAGCAUCUCCCAUCACACCAGCAGAAAUGUCUUGGGCUUGGAGGUCACAGUGGGCUCUUGGGGUUGGAUGGAUUGGAUGCUGUCAACUGUUCUUGUGUGGCUUCUCAAUGGGAUUCUGGUAUCGGGGGUUCUGAUCCGGCUGUUGGUGUAUGGAGAGCCAGUAACCCGGCCACACUCUAGAUCCUCUGUGCUGUUUUGGAGGCACCGCAAACAGGCUGACCUGGAUCUAGCAAGAGGGGAUUUUGCUCAGGCCAGUCAGAACCUCUGGACGUGUUUGAAGGCGCUUGGUCGUCCCUUACCGACUUCCCAGUUGGACAUGGCCUGUGCCUCAGUAUGGGCUCUGCUGCGUUUUUGCCUUCAACGUGUCUGGGUGGGCCGUUGGCUGGCUGCCAGGGCUGGAGGGCUACGAUCGGACCGCCCCCUGCAGGAAGAUGCAUGCAUAAGCAGCCGUGAUGCUGCCCUGGUUUACCACCGCCUGCAUCAGCUUCACAUGACAGGUAAACUGAACGGUAGCCGCCUUUCAGCGGUGCACAUGGCUAUAAGUGCAGUGAACCUGGCAGAGUGCGCUGGCUCAUGUCUGCCAGUUGCCACACUGGCUGAGGUUUAUGUUUCUGCUGCUCUGCGCGUGAAAACCAGUCUGCCGAGAGUCCUGCAUUUUACCUCUCGUGUGUUUCUGAGUAAUGCCCGUCAGGCGUGCCUAUCAUCCAGUGGCAGCGUGCCUCCCACAAUGCAGUGGCUUUGUCACCCACUUGGUCACCGCUUCUUCGUGGACGGUGAUUGGUCCAUUCGCAGCAUCCCUAAAGAAAGUAUCUACAGCCAGGCUGGAAAUACCGUGGAUCCUCUGGCCCAGGUAACUCAGGCAUUCAGAGAACAUCUUUUGGAGAAAGCACUGUACUGUGUGGCCCAACCACGUGAGGAGAAAAGUCCCAAUCAGGGCGAGCGGGAGUACGCUGACGCUUUGGAGUACCUUCAGCUGCUGAUUAGUGCGUCAGACGCAGCUGGUGCCACCUCCCAGUCCUUUGCGAUUGGCUCCAACAUGGCUACUCUGACCAGCUGUGACCCCCACUCCAAGUGGUGGUCUUCAGUUGUCGUAGUGAUUAUCAACUGGCUGCAAGGAGACGGUGCCGCAGCGGAGAGACUGUACCCGACUGUGGAACACCUGCCCCGCAGCUUACAGAAUGUAGAGAGUCCUCUGCCAAAGGCAUGUCUGAAUACAUUCCGAGCAAUGCGGGCUUUGCUGUCCAAACCAGAGAACUGUCAACAGAGCCUGAGCUACAACGACAAGGCCAGCGCCCUGCUCCGAGACAGCCUCAGUCUGGGACCACACUGCCACAGCUCCACUUCAGACAAGGUUGUCCAGCUGCUGCUGUGUGACCUGCUGUUGGUGAUGAGGACUAAUGUGUGGCAUCUGCAGCAGCAGGGAGUCAGUCCAGGCGGGUCUGCGGCAGUGGUCCCUAACGGUUCUGCAGGGGUCCACCAGGCCUCCCCGCCAGAGCUCCAAGGCUUUCAAAGAGAUCUCAGCUCUCUGCGCAAGCUUGCACACAGUUUCAGGCCUGCAAUGCAAAGAUUGUUCCUUCAUGAAGCUACAGCCAGGCUGAUGGCGGGGGCCAGCCCCACCCGCACGCACCAGCUCCUGGAUCGUUCACUGCGACGCAGAGCAACGCCUGGAGCCAAGACAGAGGAGUGCGAGAUGCAUCCAGGGCAGCGAGAGCAGGUGGAAGCAGUGAUGCUGGCGUGCCGCUACCUUCCACCUUCCUUUUUGUCAGCACCUGGCCAAAGGGUGGGCAUGCUGUCAGACGCAGCUCGCACCCUGGAGAAGCUUGGAGACAAGAGGACCCUCCAUGACUGCCAGCAAAUGAUCAUCAAGCUGGGCAGCGGCACCACUGUCACCAACAGCUAGAGGGAACGGAGGGGCCUGAGAGCCGUGCACGGAGGCUGUACAUAACAUCUCAGUAGCAUACAGUUUCAUACUUUCAUAUAGAAAAGUAAACGUUGCCGUUGUUGCUAUGAUGUAAAAUUGAUGUAAGAGAUAUUACUAUUCACGGCCGCUUUUUCCUGUUCGAGUGUGAUGCAGUGCCAGGUUAUGGCCACAGGGGGGAGCCAUCACGUCUUUCCGGUGGACUGUAAAUGACUGAGAUGUUUUCUGUCCUGGGUUUAUUCAGGAAGGUCCUGUGCUUGGUGUUCUCCAUACUGAUGCAGUGGGCAGAGCCUGACGGAGGUUUGAGGUCACACUGUCUGCACUAGCCUCAUGAGGCUCAUUUUAAUGAGCCCAAUAAUAUAGCUUUAUGAGGUUAUUUUCAUAAAGGUUUCUUUUUCAUUUUUAUUUUUGCAGUGUACAUAUUUUAAAAUUUAUUUAUAAUCUGUAUGAAUUUUGAUUGAGCAGUAUUUUUUUUUUUUUUUUUUUUUUUUUUUUUUUUUUUGUAGGAUUUGAGCAGGCCCUAAAGACGGUUUCUGUAAUAUAUUGCCAUGGUGUCAAAAUAUGGAUUAAAAAAAGGGGGGGGGGAGUUGACGUAUUAUAUUGUGUCAUUGUCUCACUCAUUUCACAGUUUGCAUUGUUGCACAAGUUGCAUGCAACCAUGAUACCAGAUGUCGACCAGCAAGAUAACAUAAUAUCAACCAUGCUCACCGUUGCAUAAUUCACAAUUUAUAAAUGAGAAUUUAUGUUAAAAUCAAAGUUCUCCUCAUUUUCCCACCAGAGGUCUUGUGUAGGUUAACACUGUCAUUUUAAUUGCUGUCUCCCAGAGACCACCAAUUUAUAAGUCUUUUGAGGGCUGUAAGAUGUCCUUACAGUUUGUAUCACUAAUGUGGAAAACAGGCAUGAAUGGAAAAGUAACACAGUCAAAAGUAUUGUUUGUGUUUCCUAAGACUGACAUCUUUUAAAAAAAGUCCAUUUUUUUAUUUUUUAUUUAAUGGUUGUAAAUAUUAAAUAUUUUCUAAGAGGACA